UGUGCUUCCAAUCCUUGCUUAUACAAUGGGAUAUGCUCACCAGAGUGCCAGUGCUUCCCAGGUUACUUUGGAAAUCGCUGCCAAUUUUUUAAUCACUGCCAGAAUUUACCGUGCUCAAAUAAUGGAACUUGUGAAGUUGUCGGGUUUGAAUAUAGAUGCCAUUGCAGGCCAGAGUAUUACGGAAAAAAUUGCGAGCACGAAAGGAAUGAAUGUGCUUCUAAUCCUUGCAGCAACGGAGCAACAUGUGCGAAUAUGUUUUAUGGCUAUAAAUGUCUGUGUCCUCCAAAUUAUACUGGCACUCUUUGUCAAGAUUAUUAUGUUGACACAUGCUCUUCUAAUCCAUGUCAAAAUGGUGCCACAUGUUUAAAAAAGAAGCAAGGGUACGAAUGUAUUUGUGGAGAAUUAGAAACAGGAAGACAUUGUGAAACAAGUAUGUUGCAAUUUAUAGACAUCAUUGAUGAAAGAAAAUCUUUAAAAAAUUAUUAUAGCUCAUUUAGUUAA